AUGGAUCGACUUAAUCGCAUGCUGCAGGCUGCCCAGGGUAUGGGAAUGGGGAGUGCAGCUCCCGGUGGCGAUACCCCCAACCUGAUCGAUAACUCUGAGACUGUUCACAUCUCCUCGUUAGCUCUUCUAAAGAUGUUGCGACAUGGUCGGGCCGGUGUGCCCAUGGAAGUCAUGGGUCUGAUGCUGGGAGAGUUUGUGGAUGAAUAUACAGUCAGAGUUACCGAUGUCUUUGCGAUGCCUCAGAGUGGUACCGGUGUCAGUGUCGAGGCUGUGGACCCCGUCUUCCAGACUAAGAUGAUGGACAUGCUUCGACAAACGGGACGACCAGAGACCGUUGUUGGCUGGUAUCACUCUCACCCUGGUUUCGGCUGCUGGCUCUCGUCCGUCGAUAUCAACACCCAGCAGUCGUUCGAGCAGCUGACACCCCGUGCCGUCGCCGUCGUUGUCGAUCCCAUCCAGUCCGUCAAGGGUAAGGUCGUUAUCGAUGCUUUCCGUCUCAUCCAACCCCAGACCGUCGUCAUGGGCCAGGAGCCCCGGCAAACGACUUCGAACUUGGGUCACCUGAACAAGCCCUCGAUCCAGGCUCUCAUCCACGGAUUGAACAGACACUAUUACAGCAUCGCCAUCGCCUACCGCAAGACCGGACUAGAGGAGAACAUGUUGAUGAACCUGCACAAGCACGUUUGGACCGAGGCCCUGCAGAUGAAGGAUUUCCACGAGGAGGGCCAGCACAACGUUGACCGAAUGAAGCAGCUCGUUCACCUCGCUGAAGGCUACGAGAAGCGGGUUAAGGAAGAGACGGAGCUCAGCAAGGAUCAACUCAAGACGAGAUACGUCGGAAAGGUCGACCCGAAGAAACACAUCGAAGACGUCAGCCAGGAAUUGAUCGAGGACAACAUCGUCGCCGUUUCGCGGCAGAUGAUUGACAAGGAUGCCUCGGUAGCCCGCCAAUCGAAUGGAAAGGACUCCCAAAAUGGCACUGGCAUGGAGGUGGACGAGGAUCUAUAA